AUUAUGCUUUUUCCAAAUAGUACCAUCUUAACUCCCAAAACAUUCAUUCUAAAUGGCAUCCCUGGUCUUGAAGAAGUUCAUUUAUGGAUCUCUUUACCUUUAUGUACAAUGUAUAGUAUUGCAAUUAUAGGGAACUUUGGUCUCAUAUACCUUAUCUAUUCUGAAGAAUCCUUACACAGACCUAUGUACAUCUUCCUUGCCCUUCUUUCCUUCACAGAUGUGCUCAUGUGUACCAGUACUCUUCCCAACACACUCUGCAUAUUGUGGUUCAACCUCAAGGAGAUUGACUUUAAUGCCUGUUUGACCCAGAUGUUCUUUGUGCAUACCUUCACAGGAAUGGAAUCUGGGGUGCUCAUGCUCAUGGCCUUAGACCGCUAUGUAGCCAUUUGUUAUCCACUACGAUAUGCUACUAUCCUCACUAAUUCAAUCAUUGCCAAGGCUGGACUCCUUACUUUCACUAGAGGUGUAAUACUUGUUAUCCCUUUUACUUUUCUCACAAAACGCCUGCCGUAUUGUAGGAGCAAUGUCAUACCACACACCUACUGUGAUCAUAUGUCUGUGGCCAAAAUAUCCUGUGGUAAUGUUAAGAUCAAUGCCAUCUAUGGUUUGAUGGUUGCCAUCCUGAUUGGUGGCUUUGAUAUCUUGUGCAUAACAAUCUCCUACACUAUGAUUCUUCGAGCAGUUGUGAGUUUAUCAUCAGCAGAUGCUUGACAAAAAGCCUUUAGUACCUGUACUGCUCACAUCUGUGCUAUUGUAAUCACCUAUGUACCAGCCUUCUUUACCUUCUUUACACAUCGCUUUGGGAAAAAUACUAUUCCUCCACAUAUACACAUUAUAAUGGCUAAUCUCUAUCUUCUCAUGCCUCCCACAAUGAACCCUAUAGUAUAUGGAGUAAAAACAAAGCAGAUACUAGAAAGUGUUAUUAGAUUCUUGUUUCAGAGGAAACAUAAUUCUUCUCAUAACAUUUGA